AUGAGAAGAACAGUGGCCGGAGGAGAAGAACAGUGGCCGGAGGAGAAGAACAGAGGCCAGAGGAGAAGAACAGUGGCCGGAGGAGAAGAACAGUGGCCGGAGGAGAAGAACAGUGGCCGGAGGAGAAGAACAGUGGCCGGAGGAGAAGAACAGUGGCCGGAGGAGAAGAACAGUGGCCGGAGAAGAACAGUGGCCGGAGGAGAAGAACAGUGGCCGGAGGAGAAGAACAGAGGCCGGAGAAGAACAGUGGCCGGAGAAGAACAGUGGCCGGAGAAGAACAGUGGCCGGAGAAGAACAGUGGCCGGAGGAGAAGAACAGUGGCCGGAGGAGAAGAACAGUGGCCGGAGGAGAACAGUGGCCGGAGGAGAAGAACAGUGGCCGGAUGAGAAGAACAGUGGCCGGAGGAGAAGAACAGUGGCCGGAGGAGAAGAACAGUGGCCGGAUGAGAAGAACAGUGGCCGGAGGAGAAGAACAGUGGCCGGAGGAGAACAGUGGCCGGAGGAGAAGAACAGUGGCCGGAUGAGAAGAACAGUGGCCGGAUGA